AUGGGUUGCCUCAUAGAAUCCAUGAAUGAGCCUGUCUUUGGCCUCUAUUUGCGCGGCGAGAAGCACAAUGCCGUGCUCUCACCACAUAUGAUGAAGACCGUCUCCUCCGCAGAAGAUGCUUCGAGUGCUCAUGUCCUCGAUCAGGCGUUGCAAAAUGUCUUUGGCGACCGCGGUCUCACGCGCAAACUGAAACUGGCUCAAAACCAAGGUAUCAGUGACAAUGCCACUUCGAUUAUCAAUGGAAAGCCUUUUAUCACUGAUGCUUCGUCCGCAAUCACUCGAUUGGUGCAAGGUAACAUGCCGAACCUGGUGAGCUUCUGCCGCAGCCUUGUUGACCAGAACCCUUGGGAGCGUGGAAGCAGUCAGGUAGAGCUACCUGAUGAAGGGGAUCAAUCAUUCUGUGAAGCGAACUUGUUUGCUCUUGUGAGCAAUUUCGUCGGCCACAUCACCACUACCUUUCUGAUGGGCGAUGCUUUUGUAGAAGCGUUCCCUGGUUUGUCGGAAGAUCUUGGCACUCUUGACAGCAGCUAUGUGACGCUAUUUAUUGGUACUCCUCGUUAUAUACCACACCCUUCUGCUUCAGCAGGUCAUGCGGCGCGUGAUCGGCUCCGUCAUAUCAUGUCAAUCUUUCACCGAGCUCUCGUCGCUUGGGACGACGGGAUUGAUCCCGGCAUUGAACUACGGGAUCUCGACGAUGCUUCAGAGCUAGUCAAAGAUCGGAUGCGAACUUUCUGCAAGCUGGAGCUUUCCCCCAGUGCCAGUGCUGCGGGACACUUGUCCUUGUAUUAUGAGCUGAUCGAGCACACAAGCAAGAUCGCUUUCUGGACAAUCACCCACCUAUUCUCAGAUCCUCCACUCCUUGAGCAGGUCCGCAAGGAAAUAUCCUCUUACGUGGUAGCUUCUCGACCAAGCCGCCAAGAGACUGGGUUCCCAUUCGAUGAACCUCCUCGGCUCAGCCUCGAUAUCGAGAAAGUGCUCGAAUCUUGCCCGUUGUUCAGGGCAUGCUACUACGAAACUGUGCGCCUUCACUGUGCAGGAAUCACUUCCAAAAAACUGGCAUCCGACAUUACACUUUCCGAGUCGGCAGAAGAAGCCGCCUACGGCCUGACUGAACCUCGCACCUACACAAUUCGCAAAGAUGAGAAGGUCAUCCUUUCACACGGCUCCUAUCAUCAUGAUUCUCGAUACUUCUCCAACCCAGAUCAAUACGACCCUCUUCGGUUCCUUGUAACAGACCCUGCAACUGGCAAACAGCAGGCUGAUCUAAAUAUCCUUGCUCCAUUUGCGGGCGGACUAUAUGGAACUACGAAUGGUGCUUUCAUUGAGAGAACCAUCCUGAUAUUUACCGCUGGAGUUGUGGCAAUGUGGGAGAUUGAGCCCAAGAGUGGUAAAUCUCUCGCAGUCCCCGGGCACAAAAUUAGCUGGGGAGCUUUCCGACCGACGAAGGAGCUGAGGGUGAAGAUGAAGUCUAGGGUGUAA